CACUCCGCGCUUCAUCCCUCCAGCCGCCUCCGCCUCUCCUAUCUCACUCUCCUCUUGCCUCCUCUCCUCUCCUCUUGCCUCCUCUCCUCUCUUCUCUUCUUGGAUUUGAUUUGACCUGGUCUAACCGAGCCAAGCUAAGCCGAAGACUGUCCAAUGGCGCCCAAGAAGCCUGAACCCAAGAAGGAGGCCGCCAAGCCGGCACCCCCUCCUCCAGAGCCGGAGAAACCCAAAGAACCAGACUUCGACCCCAAGAGUGUUUCUAUUGAAUUCAACGCUGAUCAGAUAGAUGAGUUCAAGGAGGCGUUCAUGCUGUUUGACCGCACCCCUAAAGGCGAGAUGAAGAUCUCCUACGCGCAGUGUGGCGACGUCAUGAGGGCAUUGGGUCAGAACCCCACCAACUCGGAGGUCAUGAGGGUUCUGGGCAAGCCCAAACCUGAAGAAAUGAACACCACGCUGAUCGACUUCGAGACCUUUCUGCCCAUGUUCCAGCACGUGUCCAAGUCGAAGGACAGGGGCACCUUCGAGGACUUUGUGGAGGGUCUGCGCGUCUUCGACAAGGAGGGCAACGGCACGGUCAUGGGGGCGGAGCUCCGCCAUGUACUCGCCACUCUGGGUGAGAAGAUGACGGAGGGAGAGGUGGAGCAGCUAAUGGCUGGACAGGAAGACGGAAAUGGCUGCAUCAACUACGAAGCAUUUGUUAAACACAUCAUGGCUGGCUGAAGGACUGGAGUGGUGCUGGUCUUAAUAGCUCUUCAAACAAGGAUCAAACCCCCUUCAGGAUAGUGAACUCCUAUUGCCAUCUCCUCUGUGCCAUCUCCCCUGCAUCGCUGUGCUAUCCUGACCCAGACACACCCCUGUUUCUCUGCCGAUUCUGUCCUUUUGUAUUUAUUUCAUGUAUGUGCUUUAAUAAAUGCUGUCUAACAAUA